UGUCGGUCUCUCGGUCAUAUCCCAUAAAAUCAUAUUAAUUCGUGCUCUUACGAUACUUCGUUGGAGUUAAUUUCUAGCUCACAUUUUCGUAAUAUGCGUUUGUGUAUGUCUAUAACGAAACCAAAGGACAAUUUGCUUGCCCACGCUAGCCACAUUUAACCUAGCGUCUUGGCUAGCAAUGAAGUUGUACGUGACGAAACCAGAGUAUGGUGUAAGAUCAACGCGACAAGUAUAUAGGCAAAUGUGAAAAUACGUGGACCCACGGAAUUCAGCACUGAGGUAUAAAUGAAUUUGUUCGUCCUGAAUUUCAAGCGUAGACUGCACUAAUCAGCAAGCAAGUUGGCUAGCGCUGCCAGCUAGCUUUGCGACCACAAUCAAAGUGAAUGUUGCCACGCAACAGCCAGCGUAGUGUGUCUCUGUGACAGACAUGGAGACAUCAACUUGCCCCCCAGUGCACCAGAACGGGGGCCUCCACCGGGACGAGCAAGUCCCAAAACCAGCUACCACAGUUCUGAGAGUCCAUCUCUACUACAACAUCCAGCACGGAGCAGACUGCAGUCCGCUCUGUUACCCGCCUGGGCGAUACGUCGCAGAGCAGCUGGGCAUCGACGCAGCCAAGGAGUGCGGUGUGUCACCUGUGUACUACAGCUUGUUUGGACUUUUCAAAGAGAGUGAUGGCGUGUGGUUAUCACCCAACCACGUUUUUCAGUUAGACGAAUCAGCCAGUGAGAGUUUGGUUUUCAGAAUUAGGUACUAUUUUCCUGGCUGGUACAGCAGUGGAUCGUCCAGAGCCUAUAGGUAUGGAGUCAGUAAGGGAUCUGAAAGUCCUGUGCUAGAUGACUACGUCAUGGCUUAUCUCUUCUCUCAGUGGAGGAAUGACUUUGUUAAUGGAGCGGUGAAGAUUGACAGCUCCCAUGAGACCCAGGAGGAAUGCUUGGGCAUGGCUGUACUUGACAUGAUGAGAACAGCCAAAGAGAAACAGCUCUCGCCUCUGGACAUCUACAAUGAUAUGAGCUACAAGUCAUUCCUGCCUAAAGACAUGAGAGCGCGGAUCCAGGACUACCAUUUUGUGACCCGGAAACGCAUCCGGUAUCGUUUCCGGAAGUUCAUCCAACAAUUCAGCCAAUGUCGAGCCACAGCACGCGACCUGAAGCUCAAAUACCUCAUUAAUCUGGAGUCGUUAGAAUCGGGCUUCUACACGGAACGUUUCCAGGUCAAGGAACCAUCCAUGGGUCAGGUCACCAUUAUUGUCUCAGCUGACAAUGGAAUCCAGUGGUUUGGUGAAAAGCACAAAGACCAGGUCCUACAGACAUACUGCGAUUUUCCUGAUGUUAUUGAUAUCAGCAUCAGACAGUCCAACACAGAGGACUCAAACAAGAGCUAUGUCGUCUCUAUCAACAAACAGGAUGGCAAGACUCUGGAGCUGGAGUUUGUGUCCCACGCCGAAGCGUUGUCGUUUGUGUCCCUGAUUGACGGGUACUACAGGCUGACCACUGACGCCCACCACUACCUGUGCAAAGACGUGGCCCCCCCUCGUCUCCUUGAGGCCAUCGAUAGCUACUGCCACGGCCCUAUAUCAAUGGAGUUUGCCAUCAGCAAACUGCGCAAGUCGGGGAAUCAACGGGGUCUCUAUGUGCUGCGCUGCAGCCCAAAAGACUUCAACAAAUAUUUUCUGACUUUUGCUGUGGGGGUUUAUGAUGAUGUCGAGUACAAGCACUGUCAGAUCACCAAAUCUGACAAUGGUGAUUUCAACCUGAGUGGGACCAAGAGGAGGUUCAGCAGUCUGCAGGAGUUACUCAGAUGCUACCAGAAAGAGUCCGUACGCUCUGAUGGCAUCGUCUUUCAGUUCAGCAAGUGCUGCCCUCCCAAAUUCAAAGACAAAUCCAACUUGCUGAUUUGUCGAAGUAACAAGGGCUCAGCAGUGUCUGUGUCACCCCCAGCACGAAGACCAAAUAUCAACCAAAUGGUGUUUCACAAAAUUCCUAAAGAAGACUUGGAAUUCAAUGAAAGUCAAGGCCAAGGAACAUUCACCAAGAUCUUCAGAGGAAUCCGCAAGGAGCUGGGAGACUAUGGAGAAAUGCACCAGACUGAAGUCAUCAUUAAGGUCCUGGACAAAGCACACCGAAAUUACUCGGAGUCCUUCCUGGAAGCGGCCAGCAUGAUGAGUCAGCUGUCACACAAGCAUCUAGUCCUGACCUACGGAAUCUGUGUGUGCGGAGAUGAGAAUAUCAUGGUACAAGAGUCUGUGAAGUUUGGAUCCUUGGACACGUAUUUGAAAAAGAACAAAAACUCUAUUAAUAUCCUAUGGAAGUUGGAGGUGGCCAAGCAGUUGGCAUGGGCGAUGCACUUUCUGGAGGAGAAGGACCUCAUCCACGGAAACGUCUGUGCAAAAAACGUGCUGUUGAUUCGAGAGGAAGACAAGAACACGGGGAACCCGCCUUUUAUCAAACUGAGCGACCCAGGCAUCAGUAUCACCGUACUACCCAAAGAGAUUUUGGUGGAGCGAAUCCCUUGGGUUCCCCCUGAAUGUGUCACAGACCUAAAGAAUCUGAGCCUGGCCACAGACAAGUGGAGCUUUGGCACAACACUUUGGGAGAUCUGCAGCGGAGGUGAAAAGCCGCUCGCUAACAUGGAUAAUUCUAAGAAACAAUUGUUUUAUGAGAACCACCACCAGCUUCCUGCUCCUAAGUGGACUGAGCUUGCCAACCUAAUCAGCAGCUGUAUGAACUACGAGUCAACGUUCAGGCCAUCCUUCAGAGCUGUCAUUCGGGACCUUAACAGCCUGUUCACCCCAGAUUAUAACAGGCCUGCGGAGACUGAUAUAUUGCCAAACAGAACAGGAGCACCUGGCUUUGCAAGUGGAGCGUUUGACAACCAGGAGCCAGCUCAGUUUGAGGAGAGACAUCUGAUAUUCUUACAACAGCUUGGCAAGGGUAACUUUGGCAGCGUGGAGAUGUGUCGUUACGACCCGCUGCAGGACAACACGGGUGAAGUGGUGGCCGUGAAGAAGCUUCAGCACAGCACUGCAGAGCACAUGAGGGACUUUGAGCGGGAAAUCGAGAUCCUCAAGUCACUCCAACACGAAAACAUAGUCAAAUACAAGGGCGUAUGCUACAGUGCAGGUCGGAGAAACCUUCGUCUGGUCAUGGAGUAUCUGCCCUAUGGCAGUCUGCGGGAUUACCUCAUCAAGAACAGAGACAGGAUCGACCACAAGAAGCUCGUCCACUAUGCCUCUCAGAUAUGCAAGGGUAUGGAGUAUCUGGCAACCAAGCGAUACAUUCACCGAGAUCUAGCCACAAGGAACAUUUUGGUGGAAAGCGAGCAAAGGGUGAAGAUUGGUGACUUUGGACUAACUAAGGUUCUGCCCCAGGACAAAGAGUACUACAAGGUCAGGGAGCCUGGAGAAAGCCCAAUUUUCUGGUACGCUCCCGAAUCGCUGACCGACAGCAAGUUUUCUGUGGCGUCAGACGUCUGGAGCUUUGGUGUGGUUUUGUACGAGCUCUUCACUUACAGUGACAAGCUCAGUAGUCCACCUACAGUUUUCAUGAGUAUGAUGGGAGUUGACAAACAGGGACAGACCAUCGUCUAUCAUCUCAUAGAGCUCCUGAGGAGAGGCAGCCGUCUGCCACAGCCGGUGGGCUGUCCUUCGGAGAUGUACAGCCUCAUGCAGGAAUGCUGGGAAAACGAUCCCAACUUGCGGCCAUCCUUCAAGGACCUUGCUCUCCAUGUGGAUCUGUACCGUGACAGCAGUGAGGCAGACAGAUACACCCAAGUGCCCGUCUUCUAAGAGAAAACCAGCCCCCUUUUUUUUUCUCCUCCUUGCACGGCUCCGGCUGCCGUCCCCGAUGUCCUGUGCCGGACAUCAGACAGAGACCUUUCCCCUCCCGUUUCUUUAUACAAGUGCCAUCUUGGCAUCGGAUCAGAUGUGGCUUGAGAACUUGAUCAACUGCUUGAGCUGAAAGGACACGUGUGAAGAAUGUUUAACUUUGUUCUUUUUUUUUCCCCCCUCUUCUCUUCGUUUUUUGCCUGCUGUGCUGGCGAGACAUCCCCCUCUGACUGUGAACUAUUAAUGCAAGAGCAGAG